UCCUCUGCAAAAGAACUGAAACGCCUGCAGUCGUUGUUACUGAGAGCUGAAAUGGAGCACAGAGGACUUCAGUUAGACCAAAGUAACUUCUCCUGUUCCAUCUGUUUGGAUCUACUGAAGGAUCCGGUGACUAUUCCCUGUGGACACAGUUACUGUAUGAACUGUAUUAAACACCACUGGGAUGGAGAAGAUCAGAAGAAAAUCCACAGCUGCCCUCAGUGCAGGAAAACCUUCAUACCAAGACCCAACCUGGAGAAGAACUUCAUGUUUGCUGCUUUAGUGGAGGAUCUGAAGAAGACUGGACUCCAGGCUGACCACUGCGCUCGUCAUGAUGACAGGAUGAAGAUCUUCUGUCGCAUGGAUGAACAUAAAGGCCAUGAAACAGUCCCAGCUGCAGCAGAAAGAGCUGAGAAGCAGAAGAAGCUCCAGGAGAGUCGACAACAAAUCCAUCAGAGAAUCCAGGACCAAGAGAAAGAUGUGAAGCUGCUUCAACAGGAGGUGGAGGCCAUCAAUGUCUCUGCUGAUAAAGCAGUGGAGGACAGUGAGAAGAUCUUCACUGAGCUGAUCCGUCUCCUCCAGGAAAGAAGCUCUGAUGUGAAGCAGCAGAUCAGAUCCCAGCAGGAAACUGAAGUGAGUCGAGUCAAAGAUGUUCAGGAGAAGCUGCAGCAGGAGAUCACUGAGCUGAAGAGGAAAGACGCUGAGCUGGAGCAGUUCUCACACACAGAGGAUCACACCCAGUUUCUCCUCAACUACCCCUCACUGCCAGCACUCAGUGAGUCUACAGGAUCAUCCAGCAUCAACAUCCGUCCUCUGAGACACUUUGAGGACGUGACAGCAGCUGUGUCAGAGCUCAGAGACAUCGUACAGGACGUCCUGAGAGACUCGUGGACAAACAUCUCACUGACAAUCACUAAGGCGGAUGUUCUACUGGCAGAACCAAAGACCAGAGACGGACUCUUACAUUAUUCAAAGGAGAUCACUCUGGAUCCAAACACAGCAAACAGGAAUCUGUUUCUAUCUGGGGGGAACCGAAAAGUAAUAAGGAUGAUGCAACAACAGUCUUAUCCAGGUCGUCCAGAAAGAUUCACUGAUUAUAAGCAGGUCCUGAGCAGAGAGAGUCUGACUGGACGUUGUUACUGGGAGGUGGAGUGGACUGGGAGAGGAGUCGGAGUAGCAGUUUCAUACAAGAGCAUCAGAAGAUCAGAAGGAUUUGGAUUCAAUGACCAAUCCUGGUGUUUAUAUUGCACCAAAGACGGUAACACAUUUUUUCUUGAUGACAUUGAAACUCAGGUACCAGGUCCAGUUUCCUCCAGGGUGGGAGUGUAUCUGGACCACAGAGCAGGUGUUCUGUGUUUCUACAGCGUCUCUGGAACCACGACUCUCCUGCACAGAGUCCAGACCAGAUUCACUGAGCCUCUACAUGCUGGGAUCUGUGUUUAUAACGGAUCCUCUGCUGAGCUGAUCGGACCUCAGCAGUCAUCACUGACCUGAAGUCCAGUUGGUUUCAGUUUCUUUGUCCCAUCACUGUUGUCAUUUCCUCACUGCUGAGACAUUUGUCAUCUUGUUUGUUUUGUUGAUGUUGGAGUUUGUUUGGGUGCUGCCCCUUCCUGUUUCUGUUCACCUGAAAUAAUAAUAUCUAUGCUUAUUGGACAUAAAAAGUGUUUUAAUAAAAUGUCCAUAAGUUAAUAAUGACAUUUGCUAAAUCGACUGACUGUACUGAUUGAUUGACAUUUUGUUUAUUGCUUUGUCAGACCAAAUCCAUGUAAAGAUGAGCUGAUGUAAACUACUUAUUAGCAUUAUCAACGAGUCAUCAUUUUAUUGGACAAAGAUGAAACUGUGUAUAUAAAGUCGUUUUGUGCCUCAGAUUGUUUGUUUUGGUCCAUCGACCAGGUUGACUCACUGUCUGAAUAUAACAUGAGGAGUCUUUAAUUUAAUGUUUAUCACAUUUUAUCAUCAUGUGCUAUUUAUAAAAGUUAUUUUAAGGUAAUUUUGAAACAUUUCCAAAUAUCAGAAUCAGUUAUGGUUUUCAGAGUUUCCUAUCUGCUGAUGUCAGGAGUCCAGAUGGUCCAGAUGGUCCAGAUGGUCCCACAAAGACACAACAGACUCUGACUCUGUAGGGUUUUACAUCUCAGUGAGGACGCAUGCGCUGUGAAGACAAGGCUGAGAUAACAAUGCAGAGAAACCUCAAAGUUGACCACCAGAUGGCGCCAAAUACCACACUGUUCCUCAUGAAUGUAGUUCAAGUUUUGUGUUUAGAAGAUGAAUUAAACAAAAAUACUAAAUGUUUUUCACAUCUAGGGUUUCUGAAAAGGUUUUUGGGUAAUAAAUUGUGGUUCAUCAGCAUGACUGAGAAAAUCCAUCCAUCAAUCUGACUCAAACUGUACUGAAAAUAUUUCAUUUAAAGAUCCUCAGCUUCAACCUUUGACCUUUGUAGUUCAAAAGAUUAUAGCUUAAAACUAAUUUUAAAAAAAGGUGUUUAACAUUUCUUGCUUAAACAUUAUUGUUUAUGUUUUCUAUGUGAAUUCUGUCCUUUACAUGUAAAUUAAUAAAUCAACUUUCUUUACACCA